AUGGAUAAUCCUCGCAAUAAUAAUAAUGGUAGCAAAGACCCGCUGAUGCUGCUGCCCCCACAGCUCCCAAUACCUGCCGACGUCACAGCCGGUCUCUCCAAAGAGUUUGAUCUCCUCCACUUGGUGUACCUACGAAACAAGAACCAGUUCCACUCGUCGCACUGGUGGCCGUCAGUCCAACGCCUCCAUAAAACCGUGAGAAACAUUGUUCUGCUAAUACACUCCCACGCCUCCCACGUCGCAACGUGCCAGGCCAAACUAGCCACUUUCCAGAAGUUGAAGAAAAAACUCCAGUACCUUGACCGCCACAACCACAAGAUCCUUGGCCCCAUCUCCCGCAGGAUCAAACAUACCGUCAACCACUUCAUCUCCCGCUUGGUCCCAAAACUAUGGAGAGAUUUUCAUGGGAUAUUGUCGUUGGCACAGUUCAUCACCUUAGGGUUUUUCUUCAUUGCCAGUUUGGCGAAGAUCCACAGUUUGGUGUCCAAGAUUCAUCAAUCGUUGGGGGGUGGUACCCCAAAAAAGCUUGAGGAAGAAGUGAUUACUACUACUACUACUACAACAACAAAAAUGGACCAACCGACCAUUUCUGGUCUCGAAGAUUUCGGACAAGAAAUUACCGCGGAGGAUGCCAAAAACAUUACCACUGUUGAUACAAGUAUUCAACACUCAUCAAAUAAUCCAGCGUCGAAUAAAGAAAAGCGGAAAAAAAAAUCAAGCAAGAACUAUUUUGAUAAUUUAUUCAAUGAUCUGCCAACCGCCUCAAAGAUUCCAUCAUCAUCAUCAUCAUCAUCAUCAUCAUCAUCAUCAUCAUCAUCAUCAUCAUCAUCAUCAUCAUCAUCAUCAUCAUCAUCAAAGCAAAAAAAAGAAGAAGAAGAAUUGAAGGCGCCUACCCUUGAUAACCCAAAAAAACAAAAGCGAAAGACCAAGGAUUAUUUUGACGAUUUAUUUGGCGGUGAGACUCCAAAGAAAAAGAAGAAAAAGAAAACUAAUAAUAAUAAUAAUAAUAAUAAUAAUAAUCAAGGGGAAUAG